AUGAUGGCUCAGUACUCAGUUGGCAUCACAACUUUGAAAGUCGGUGUCGAUUCAAAGACUACUCAAGUGUAUGGACUGUUGUUUUCCGGUGGAACUUCUACGAACUGGCCGGCGAGCCUCACGGCGAUUGCCCUGCAGAAUGGACAAUCCAUCACUUCCAUCUCUGCCACUGCGGAAAUUAUCUAUAAUACUGAUGGCCAACCCACCACAACCAGCACGUUCGGAGGGCUACAUUCAGGCGGGAGUCCAGUGCCUUGGUCCGAGGGCUCGACAGGUAGCGCUGUCGCUGUCACUGAUUCGCAAUCGCCAGCCACUUCGUCGUCCUCGCCAGCCUCGACGUCGGCCUCUACCAGUCGAGCCAAAACAGCGUCUACUACUACUCCGGCCAAAACAUCAUUGACCACCGCUCCCGCAUCCACAGGAUCCGACACAAGCAAGCUGGCAAGCUGGGCCUCAUCUCCAACCGCCCAGCCCUCGGCAGCAGCGAUCUCGUCACCCUCCUCAGGAGUCUCGUCCGGCGCCGCAGCCGGAAUCGCCAUCGGAUGCCUCCUCAUCGGCCUCGCCCUCGGUCUCCUCGCCGCCUUCCUCCUCGUCAAGCGCCACGGCAAGCGCCACGGAUCGGCCGCCGCCGCCGCCGCCGCCGCCAAGUCAGGAGGCGGACCGUACCUUGAGCCCGAGGCCGCGUACAACGCCUCCGACAAGGCCAGCAGCGCCGUCGGUCCCGCCAGCGUCGGCCCGCGCCUCGACCAGUUCUUCCUGCUCCAGGCCACGCCCGACCGGACCAUCGUGCAGGAGACCCAGUCCAUCAGCGCGCUCAUCGCCGAGCACGUCGAGGGCUACUACUACCACGACCAGCCCGCAUCCGUCGACGUGCAGACCCUCUCCUCGGCCCUCGUGCACCUCGGCUUCCCGCUGACCACCGCCUCCGCCGCCGCCGCCAACAGCAACAGCAACAGCAACAGCUCGUCGUCUUUGCUGGACGCGCAGGAGGCGGCCGCGCUCUGUCUCGAUCCACGGAGCCGCCGCAUCGGCCUGCGCCACGUCGUCACCAGGGUCCUUCUGGACAGCAUCGACGUGCGCUCGCCGCGGCCCUCGCUGCUGCCCACGCCCGUGGCCACGUUCCUUCGCGCCAUGCCCGCCGAGGAGACGGACCGCUUCGGUGACCCUCAAGCAAACGCCCUCGCCCUUCGAGAGUGGCGCAGGCUGUCGGCGUUUCUGCUGCAUCCCUCGCGCAGCCAGCGAACGGCCCUGCCCGCCGAGGACGACGCGGUGGCGGCGCAGGCGAUGGAUCUCGCCAGCUCGCUCAACGGCUUCCUGUCGUACUUUGUGGAGGAGCGCCUGCAGCAGCAGGUGGGCCACCUGCGGGUGGUGAUUGAGGAGUGCGCGAGGCUGGGAUGCCUGCUCUUCUCGCAUCCCAGCGACUGGGAGUUUGUCUAUGAGACGGGCGUGCGAGGGAUCGUGGUGGAGGCUGGCGACGACGAGUACAAGGCCUGGGACGAUGGCCUCACGGAACAAGACACGCACGCCCUCGAGGCCUUCGUCAGCACUCACAUCAACGACCGCGGACCUGCAGCGCUGUUCCUGAGCGAAAACACCACCGUCCCGGUCCCCCACGUGCACCGCUGCGGAUCCGCGCCGGGGGACCUUUCGCCCCCCCCCCCCCCCGGGGAGGACUUGCGCGACUUCCUGGCGAGCUCGCCCGCGGAGGAGCCGGUGUCAGCCGUCUACGAGCAGCUCGCCUCGUACUACCGCCAGCUCCAGCGCAUCCCGUGGGACGGCAUCGGCGCCAUCGCCGGGGAUGGGCUGACCGGGCAGCGGCGCGUCAGCCGGCGCCCGCUCACCAUGGACAUGCACGAGCUCGCCCUCGGCGUCCCGGGGUACCCCAUAGAGGACUGGUCCUCCGAGCCCUUCACAAGCAUGCAGGACUACCUUGACUUUGCCUGGCGCUUCCCCAAUCUGCCCUCGAGGCGGGCUACUUCCCCUGGUUCCUGCGCGAGUACGAGCCCCUGCUGGAACUGA